CCCCUGCGCAAACACAGAAAGCAUCGGGAGACCUUUAACAUCCGAUGCGCUCCCUCGUCGUUCGGCCAUUCGUCGGUCGACCAGCAACGGAAAUACUUAUUUAGUCGUAACGCAGUGGACGCCGCACACACUCUCUCUACUCUCUCCACUUCCAUCUUCAUCACCAAUCAAGCCGCCGAUCCACACCCCGGGUUUAUCGCCCGGGUGGUUAUCGCGGAUAUUUUCGCCGCGGGACAAAGCGCCCAGCCGCCGCGGCAACGUCAGAUCUCCGUAGAUACAUCUCUUCAAGUGUGAUUUAAGAUCUCUUCGAGUGGAACUUUCAAGGAUUGGAAGUGACGCGGGAAACUGCAGGAAGAGAAGAAUACAGUGAACGGUGCGCAAGAGAGAGGACCGUUUAUCGCGAAAGUUUCUCAUCCUUCCGGAGGUGCCCCUUUGAUAUUGUUCGCGUAUUGACAGAUCCCUAUCGAUUCGGCGAAAUAACGAGACGUAUGUUUCGAUAGACCCACGUCGAGGGAUGAAGACCACGCGGUAGGAGCGAUCUCGGAGGGUUUCGCAAAUUCCGGGAGCGACAAGGGGUAGCCCCCCCCCCCGGAAAACCAUGACCGCCAAGGCGAUACUGCUUCUUGCACUCGCGUGCGCGAUAACUGCCGCGCGAGGAGAGAUUGCCAAGGACCCAACGCUAUGCGGCCGAACAAAGUGCAAGGUUCCGUUGGAGAGAAAAUUCAAAUAUCACGAAGAUAUCCAUUAUGUGUACACAUAUUCCGCGGAUGUGAGCACGAAUCUGGGCUAUCACCUGCUGUCCCAUCAUUCGAGAAAUGAUUCGGCUCUGCACAUCGACGCCACCCUGUCCGUGCACUUCGACAACCCCUGCGAGGGCACCCUGAGAAUUCUGAACGCCAGCAUCAGCCACGAUCGUAGCGCGUACAACCCCGAGUUCCCGGAUCGCGCCGGCUCCGAGUUCAAGGCCAACCUCGAGCGUCACGCGCUCAGGUUCACCUUCGACGACGGGCUGAUCCACGAGCUGUGCCCGGACCGGCGCGAGCCGGUCUGGGCGUUAAACAUCAAGCGGGGCGUCCUGUCGAUGCUGCAAAACAGCAUGCGGCGUUUCGACGUGGACCAUCGCGGCGACGAGGUGGACGUUCUCGGCGCCUGCGAAACCCACUACCGCUUGUACGAGGCCAAGAAGACCAGCCUGAUCGUGAAGAAGAGCAAGCACUUGGCCGACUGCCGGAACGGGCCAAAGUACUUCUCCGUCGUGCAGUCGAAUCCCUACAGAAGUCCGCGAAAGCAGCACCGCCAGCACGGAUUGUUCAAGUCGCGCAGCGACUGCGAGAUCACGAUCGAUCAUAACAUCUACGAGAGGGUGGUCUGCGAGGAGGUACGACUGCUGCAGCCGCUCUCCAACGGCGACAAAGCCGGUGCCAAAACCGAGUCUCGAACGGUCCUUCAGCUGGUUCAGGAAAGCACGAGUUCCGUCCACGGAUUCGAGGAGGAUGAAGACGACGAUGAUGACGGAAGAGACGAGGAUAAUUUCGUGCGACGUACACCUCGCGUCAAGAGGACCACGUUGCUGUACGAUCACGCGAAGACCCUGAAGACUAUGCACGGUGAGCUGCGAACCUCCAGAGACUUGCUGAAGACCAUGUGUAGACUUGGAAACGCCGAAGAGUUGCAGCAGAGAUUCUCCGAAGUAUUCACUAAUUUCGUCCAUUCGGCACGCUUCUUGGAUUAUCCCUUGUUGUCGCAGCUAUUUAGCAGAGCUAACAGCAUUUGCAAAAACGGGAAGAAACACAUUGUCGCGGCACUGCCACAUUUAAAUAGCAACGCCGCAGUGAACGUAAUGAAUGACCUGAUAAUCAAGAAAUACGUUAAUCAGAUGACCGUCAAUAAUUGGAUCGUCACUUUCGCUUUGUUUCCACAACCGGAUCGCGACACUAUCAAAGCUCUUUCAAAGCUACUGGAGUUCCAGUCUCAAAUUCCCCACGUCCAGUUUAUUCUCAGCUAUUCGACUAUUAUUUAUACGUAUUGCAGAAAUAACGACGCCGACUGCAGUAAUUUGGAAGAGGUGAACGUGUUCCUGUCGCAUCUUGAACAGAAAAUUUCGCAAGGCUGCGAGCCCCGUUUUCAUCCUUCUCCUUCGACGAAAGAAACGCUGGAAGCUCUGAAAGCUGUCGGCAAUAUGGGACUCGAAACGAAAGACUUGCAAAGGGAACUGAAGAAAUGCAUAGACGACACUGGUGGAUUCUUACCUAUGGAAGUUCGCAUUGCCGCCGUCGAUGCUCACCGUAGGCUGCCGUCCUGCGAAGAGACUCGGGACGAAUUUCUCCUAGAUUAUUACCGCAACACGACGUUAGACACGGAGAUCCGUAUAGCUUCUUACUUACAGGUGAUGCGUUGCCCCGAUUAUAACGUUAUCAAGACUAUCAAGCACACUCUCAAAAUAGAAGAAGUCAACCAAGUCGGUUCUUUCGUAUGGAGCCACUUGACGAAUCUGUACAAUUCUGCCUCGCCUACCAGAGUCGAGAUCCAAAGUCUGCUGACGGAUCGGGACAUCGGCAACAAGUUCAACAGUGAUAUCAGAAAGUUUUCGCGCAGUUACGAGAGCUCCUUCUUCUCCGAAGAAUAUGACGUUGGCGUGAAUUAUCAGACGAAUUUGAUCUUCUCACCGAAGUCAUACGUGCCGCGAUCGCUCACUUUCAACGUGACCACCGAUUUCCUCGGGCAGUCCGUGAAUCUGUUUGAAAUCACAGCGCGAAUGGAGGGCCUCGAAUAUUACGCGGAGAAUCUCUUCGGUCCGGAUGGCAUCUACAGUAACGAACGAAUUUCGAAUCAUCUCCAGAAUUUCCUCAGACGUUUCAGAUCGGCACCGGAGAAUGAGAAUUAUUGGGACGGUGUGAAACGAUUGCCUAAUAUUAUCGACAAUAAUUUCAAUCAUCCGAAAAUAAGUCUCGGUUACAAGGUAUUCGGGAACGAGUUGAUGUUUACGAUGCUGGACGGCGACAAGCAAGUGAGGGCUGCAAUAGCGAAUUUCAAUCCCUGGCAGAGGAUAAAGGAGUUUCUGGCUAUGCAGGAAAUUCUCUACGAAAGGGCUGGGAUGUUCUUGGAUUCUUCUUAUGUAGUACCGAUGGGGUCCGGACUGCCAAUUCGUUUAGAUCUCGCCGGUUCCGCGGCUUGCUAUUUCAAGAUCUCAAAAAUGCUCAACGACGCUCGACUAUCUGAUAAGGAAUUUCAACUCACUGCCAAUAUUGCUUCUAGUAUGAGUAUCGAUAUGAUGAACACAAUGACGGUGGACGCUUUUUACAAAUCCGCCGGGCUCAAGCUGCGAACAAACCUUUACUCCUCCGGAACUAUGCAGCUUCAUCUGAAUAUAAACAACACCCGUUUAGUGCACGUCAGUCUGGGUUUACCGAACCGCAAGAUCGAAGUGUUUUCGCUAGUCUCGGACGUCGCUCUCAUCAAGAUUAACGGUGGCGAGGUCCAGGAGAGACCGUUGGGUGUCCUGGUAGCCGAUCAGAAUCAGAAGAACUCGCGACACCUCGCAGUCGUGCCCAAGAAUAUUAUUAGCAACACUACCUGCACCUGGGCCGCCUUAGACAGACUGAUAGGCUUAAAGAUGUGCACCGAUUAUCAAUUUACAAACGUGACUAAGGAUUCUAGUGCGCCCUAUUUUGUUUUAGACGGUCUCACGCUCUUUAAGGUCUCCUUGCUCAAAGCCGAUCCAACCGCCAAGAAUUACGUGUUGGAAUACAGUUGGAAUAAGACUCAGGAGUUUAGCACGUUUAAGUUGAUGUUCGACACGCCUGGCUCGCAGGUGAACAGGGAAAUAAGCGCUGUUGUCACUUUUGACACAAUAAAUAAUAACGUUACUGCUCUAUUUCAUUCGGCUGGUAAUUCCCUAAUUGCUAAAGGUACAUACAAACGUUCCGAAGAUGAGAUUUUUAUAGACAUCGGCUUUGAUAUUAAUGGCACAAAGCACUUAGAUGCAAGCUUGGGUUACACGAGGAAGAAGUUCAAUCACGGUUAUACCUAUCAUCCUGUAGCCCAUUUAACUAUCAAUAGCGAACGCGUCGCUGCCAUUUCAGGUGUUAUUAGAAACGCACAGAAGAACAACGUCUCUCAGUUCGAUAUAGACCUGACUUUCCAAACGAAGCGAGUCUGGAGCAAAUUGGUCGGCUACAUUGUCCGGCGGAAUAUCAGUCUGGCCGGCGAUUUUCAGCUUGAUUAUCAGUUGCAACGUAUGCCGAGGAAAGAGACCCUCCACUUGGAGGUUUCGCUGUCCAAUCGCUCGUCGAAGACGCUAACGUACAAGGCCGCCGAAAUGAAAUUGCACUCCACCGCCUAUCCGCAACUCAACGUUGUAAUAAGCGCCUGGUACCAGCAAGCUCUCGGCCACUUGGAGCUCCACGCCGAGAUAAACUCCAAUCCGCAUCUUAAGGACGACCGGCACAAGCUAACGGCGCAACUCAUUAUCUCCUACUCGAAGAUGUACUUUCAGAAUCAAGGCACGAAAGUGACCGCGUUGAUAGCCGUUACCAAACCUAUUCAGAACUUGGACCUCAAGAUGGGAGUCAAUCACUACGUCCUUGGCGCCGAAUCGAAGACUAGUUUCCUCAUAGGAUACGCGCCAGGCAAGGAGAUCAGUUUGAUCGUUAACAUCAUCAUGCCGCGCGGUUUGUUAUUCUCUAUGGAAGGUCACACGAAUCUGACGAUCCCAAAUUUCAAUUCGAUGCUGAUCGACGCGCGUAUCAACGAGCGUUCGCAGAACGAGUACGACCUGGAGUUCUCCGGAACGUGGUUCAGCGGUCACAACAUGACCGCGCGCGGCGCUUAUUCCGACCGAUCGUCGGCCGUCAUCGUCAAUCAUCACCUGAAAAUGAUCUUAAAAUCGCCGAGCUUUAUCAGUCCGAUUCUGCUCAAUUGCCAGUUGUAUCAGAAUCACAGCGACCUUAAAGUCGGCCUGUACGUCGAGCAGCUGGACUACGACAAGUACGCCUUUGUGCUGAAUCACACGGUGGUGUCGGCGACCAGCCUGAUGUCUUACGUGGAAGCGAGAUACCACGGCAACGUGUACUCGGCGAUGACGAACGUCGACACCACGCGAGAGAUUCGCGUGGAGCUACACCUGGACAAAUGGCGGGACGUGCAUCUGACCCUGAGCGGUUACAACGAGGAGGACCGGAAAGAGCUUGCGGCGGAAAUCAAGUGGGACGCUAAUAGAGAUCCCGCCUUGAAGCUGGGCACAAUGGUGCAUUUAAAUAGGGUGUAUCUGAUGAACGCGACUUCUCCCGGGAUCAAACGGAGCGCGAUGGUAAUGCUGACCUAUCCGGGUCGACUAGUUACCGGCUCUUGUGACUUGAUCGCACGUAGUCCACACAAUUACCUAGUGGAUAUUAUUCUGGACUGGGGUCCGGAGAGCGUGAUCAAGGCGUCAAUCGGCACGGACUAUGCCGUGCGACCGGAAAUAACUACUGUCAAAUUGGAAUCGCAGCUGUUAACGCCUUUUGAAAAUUGGAAGAAGACUGCCUUGAAUGCGAAAUACUUGCAACUGUCAGACAAGAUUCUAGCUAGCAGCAGCGUUCACUGGAAGGACUCCCAGCAUAUGAUGGCGGAGUUCUACGCUAGUGUGAGCGAGGUCAAGGAUCUGAAAGAAUGGACAGCGAACUGUGGCUUGAUCAGCACCGUACAUUCCAACUCAUGGGUGACUGUGAAUGUCACACACAAGGUACUACGCUCGCAAACGGCGGACACGCACAUGCUGAUCAAGUACAACCCCGACAAGACGAUUGAUGCGCGCAGUGUUUGGCACCUGGACAAGCAAUCGGACGACGUGUUCAACUUGACCGGCAAUUUGCAUUUGCAUUCGCCUCUGAUGAACUAUCGGAAGAGCGAGCUCAAGUGCCAGCUGCGUCUCAUGACCAGCUGGAAGUUCUACGGUGCGGCCAAUCUUGACCUGGAUAAACGCAAAUACACCGGUCAACUAAUCGGCAACCUCGUACACUGGAAAGAGUCUAAGGUGGAGUUCAACGUUACCACGCCACUGGAGAAGUUCGCCUUUGUUCGUGGCAGGUUCGGUCUGUCGGAGAGCAACCAUCAUGUCGUGGCGGAAGUUGUCACCCCGAACGGUCCUCUGGGCGUUGAGGGAUUGUGCCAAGUCUUUACCGCCACUUAUGAUUUCAACGUCAAGCUCAUGCUGGCAACGCCCCUCGAGGUGUUACAGAAGGCGUUGAUGGUGGUCAAGCUGAAUAGACGCGAGGCCGAUUUCAGGGUCGGUUAUAACAACAUCACAGCGGGCUUCCUCGGCACUUGGCACUAUAACAACAUCACCGAUUUCGAUUAUAGCUAUAUAGUGUUCACGCCUCUCGAGGGUCUGCAAGAGUGCGGCGUGAUUACAAAGUUGAUCGUGACGUAUACAGAACUCGAGCAAAUGUUGAACGUAGACACGGAAUUCUCAGUGAGACUGGCAGAUACCAAAUUCGGCGUCAAGGCUAUGGGUGGACCGAAACCACCACCCGUUAAAAUUCCGCUGAAACCGGGGAUUAGAAGUUCCACAAUGAACGAUUCUGAGUCGGAGGAAGAAGAGGAAGAAGAGGAGGAAGAGGAUGAGGAUGCUCUCUAUUGGCGAGGAGAAUUGCAGAUCUGGCUUGCAAUAAUCCCGAAUAUAUUGGCAGAGCUGGAUAUCGAUACUGAAGGUUAUACCUAUAAAAUAUUAGGUCAAGUACAAUUGCCACCCGAAAAAAUCGUCAUAGACGACAGCUUUACCAUGGAAGAUGUUUUCCAUAUAAAGAAUGAUCUACAUAUUGAUAUAUCGUUCGGCAAAAUUAGAGAAAUAACAUCAUUAUACGCAUUUAUCAUCGAUAUGGAGAAUCUCUCCUACCUCAUGGACAUGGACAUAAAUAUCAGAAAAAAAGAUACUACGUGGCUCGAGACUGGAUUUCACGGCAAUUAUACAUAUCGAGUCAUUAAGAAUGGAAAGGCGCAUUUGGUAAAAUUCGACAUAAAGACACCUUUAGAAUUUCUCAAAACCUUCCGUGUUAACGCAACCUACGACAUCGAAGGCCUUCUUCACAAAAGUACACUUGCGAUUCGUGGAGACAAAUUGAUCUUGGAUGUACUUGGAAGUGCAAGAUUAGAGCACGCUUUGCUAGAUAUGAUGCUUUCGGGUGCGAUCGAUUCGCCCGUUAUAAAAAUACCGCAAACAUCAAUUGCUGUAAAAAAGGAUUUCACCGGAGAUAGGAAGGAAGUUAAGUUCAACGCAAGGAUGGAAGAGCCAGUAUCAAAACAUAUAUCUUUUGAGUCCGCCUGGCAAGUAGAACAUGAGUAUCAUCUCGUGAAAGCUUCCGCAAAGCUGGAAAGCUGGAUAAGAGCUUUAAAAUCAUUGGAGACUGACAUCCUCUACAGCAACGCGAUUCACGUAAACAAUACCGCCAAGUUAAACGUGCACGUAACGCAUCUCGGCAAUCAAGAGUAUCAGUUGAUUGGAAAUUUAAACAAUGACAAGAUCAGCGCCGAUUUAUACACGCCGCUGUCGCAAAGACCUCAUUUCCAGUUCCACGGUGACUUGAGACAGGUCAACGAAUCGUUGUACGACAUCAGAGGAGAGCUGAAGAACGAACUGCAAGCGAAAUCUUACGACGUCAGCUCUGUUAUCCUCCUGCAUGACACUCUCUCUUCGAUAGAUGUAAAAGCCGAGCCGAAGAGCGCGAACACCGAGCCACUCGUUUUGCGGCUGAGAAGAAAGAAAUUCAGUCUCCUACUGGAUGUCGAUGGCGGAUCAUUCAAUAGUUCCCUCGACGCAAACGUGCUCAACAAUCUGAAUUGGGAUGUGAGAGCCCGCACGGAUAUACAAGAGGCUGGUAAAGUGAAUACUUUUCAGCUGAGUACCUUUAUGAAUGUGCAAGUGAACGGCAAUACCACUCUAUAUAUUCACACUGAGACACCCUGGAACGACAGCAGGAUCCUGACGGUGAAAGGCAACUUGAUGCUGACCAACACGAGCGGUGACGUCCGGCUGGACCAUCGACUGAACGACGAUCGAUGUCACGCAACCACGAGAUGGAAAUUGAACUACAUGGAGGACAUGUUCGUGAAAUUAAUCACGGGAUACGACACCACGGACCUGGGCAAGAAGGAGCUGUCCACUCACGUGUUCUUCAAGAACCCCGGCCGAUUGUACAGGAACAUCGACGUGGGUUUCGAUCUGGACAUCGAUCGAAAGGCGUGGGAGUUUGAGACCAACGCGACCAUUGGUUUCCGCAAUCACCAGAACAUUGACGCGGUGUUUGUCGUAAAGCUGCCACCCCCGAACAAUGACGAUCAUCGAUUUCUGAUCAGCUAUCACACUAACAAGCAGAAUCAGGAUAUUUCUUACGUGGUGGGCUACAACGCCGUUCGAGCGAAGAGCAAUUACGCUUCGGACGGAUCGAUUCGAAUGGCUACGCGCGACAUUAACGGACACUUCCGGCUAUCUUGGGGAUUGUUGCCCAUGCAAUCCCUCAACAAUCUCUUUAACAUCACCUUUGACAAGAAGGAAAUCGAGCUCAAAUAUUCUCUAUACACGCCUUUGUUUAUCGAAGAGGAAACGGUGGUGCUUCUCUGCAAUUACGACGCUAAUUCCAAUGAGACGAAUUUAAUUAACGCCGAUCUUUUUUAUCCUUCAAGACGGCAGGUUGGAACUGCAAGAAUAUCUUACCAAAGUCUGAAUAACGUUAACGGAACCGUUAACGCGACGAUAUCUAUGCAGCAGUUGGCAUACGUUGGCUGCAAUUUUGUUAUACUUACCACUCUAAAACAGAAUAAGAGAUUCGUCGAGUUCUUCUGGUCUAACAACACGGCUCUGCUGAAUUCCGAUUACAAUUAUCAUAGCGAGCGAUUGGAUUCGAAUCUGGAUGGCAUUUUGCACAUAGAAGUCCCUCUGAACGCUCGUCACGUCGGUAUUCUGAACUACGGCUACAAGAAACGUCCGCAAGUCACCACUGGCCAUUCGACCUUGACGUAUAACGACCAGAAGAUGUUUCACGCUCAAUAUAAUUCAAAGAGCGAGUCCCGGGCCGGUUUCGACAAGGACCGCAUUCAGAUCACGGUGGAGAACAUUUAUAAGCCCAUAGGCGUUGUCUACGUGAACCAGUACGAGUACAGUGGUGGAAACGAGGGUACCAACUAUCCCACUGUCGAGUUCAAACAGGUGAACGUCUACCGACUGGACAACAGCUCGGCGUUCAACAUCGCCGGCGAGUCCAGAAUCCGGACUACCCACACCGGCCAGAACAUUCAUCUGAAGGCGAUGCACUUAAACAAGACGAUCCAGUUGAAGACAGACUAUGAGGUUCUGUCCGGCGAGUUUGACCAGAACACCUGGCUGAGCCUGGCCGAGGACGCCUGGGUGUCCUACCACGUGAACAUCCUGAACAAGACUACCGAAGAUGUGGACAAUCAGUUCCUUAUCCUCAGUUUCUCCUAUCCACGACGAAACUUCACCCUGGGUGGCUCCUACAGGAUCACCACCGACGAGGUGAACUCCGAGGCUAAUUUACAAUGGGAACGCGACGAUGAGAAGUCGAGGAGUGUUGGUGCGACUUUCGAUUGGCUGAACAUCACCGACACGUCGAUGGAGAGUCAACAGCAAGCCGUGUUGAGUUUUCAUCAUCCAACCUUCGAGAAGAAUGUUACGAUGAAGGGUGUAUUAAUGAGAAGAGACCACAGGGAUCUGUUAAACGUUGUUUUUACUGCGGAUUAUUCCAAGAAUGAGGACAAAUUGUUAACGUUGUCCGCAUUGCUGAGGGACGAAAGCGACGAAUCGAACAGAAAGUAUAUCUACAAAAUAGCCGGCAAACAUAUCACCACUAAAUUGGACCUUGACGUCGAAGGAUUCGUUCAUAGACGAGAAUACAUGCUGGUCGAGACGGUGAACCAUGCUCGGUACACGCGCGGUUACAUGCCGGGUGAAACUGGGGAAUUCAUCGGUCGGAUUGACCGGAGAUCGAGGGAAAUAAUCUACCGACGAGUGAACAAUGACGAGGUCAAAUAUUUCGCGAUCGGCUAUUAUCCUACGCCUUCUCAGUACAUUGUAAAUGGUAGCGUUAUUAAUACACCGGAACUUAACGCCACCGGCAAGUUCUUCUUGGAUCCGGAUGAGAAACUCAUAUGGAUGAUGAUGAAUUACACACCCGAUGCCACAGUGAGCUUAAGAAUGCACGGCAACAUUCCGGAUGCUCGAAACGCCAUGUUUAAUAUUUAUAGAACCUAUGACGAUGACUUAACAAUUUCGGACGUUUCUUUCUACUUGAAGCUAAAUCACUCGAGGCUCGUUACUUCAACUUUGCGAUGGCGGCCCGAGCUUAAGAGUGAUAUUAUUACCACUAUAAAAACAACCUUCAACGAAAUGUGCGAAAGCGUGGACAAUGAUAUUGAUUAUUGGAAGCAAUAUAUCAAGAGCGAAGUAAGAGCUACCAUCAUGGAUGUGUGGGAGGACGCUCAGGAAGAAGUAUCAGGAUUCGUUGAAGAUUGGAAUGAUUUGAAAAUUCUCGAGCGCGACUUUGAAGAUCUCAAAGUAUAUUUGAACGAUUCUUACAACGCAAAUGAUUUUUACAUCAAAGACAUCGUCGGUUUCGGUAUAUAUGUCAUUGACGAAUUAUCUCUGCGAAGUCACAUUGAGUCCCUUCCUAACAUCCUGAAUGAAAUCUGGGAGAUAAUGGGCGACUCCGGGGAAGCUUUGCGAAAUUCGUUGCUCUGGUUGAUCGAUACCAUCAAGAACGCCUACCAUAAAAUGUCCGAGAUUAUGGCCGCUGUACUGAGAGGCGACUCAUUGUCGCAAGUAGCGAAUAUAAUCGAGAAGCUGAUCGAGAAGUACGACAGAUUUAUCAAGAACCUGCAUGUGUCCUUCAUCAAGUACAUCGAGAAUCUCUGGGUUACGAUCUUCUCGUCCAUCUCAGAGCAAUGGUAUCGCUUCCUGAAGUUAAUGGAACCUCUGUUCAUUCGCUUCGUCCAUUACGUCGAGACGCUCGUGUGGAAGGCGAGCAAGGAGAUGCUGGACUUUUUGUACGACCGGAAGAAAGAAAUCAUCACGUCGCCGUACUUCGAUCGCUUCACUAAUUUCACCCACGACAUCGACAAGGUCUACCGCGACAUCAAGGCGAAUGAUAUAGUGACCAACAUGCACAAGUACUCGGGUUUGAUGAUAGAGUUCGUGAAGGAGCGCUACUUCGCCUUCGUGCCGUUCGGCAAGGAGCUCAAGGACGUCGUGGACGAGAUCGUGUCGGAGCUGAAGGAACUCCGAAAAUUGCCGUCGGUCAACUACGCCGUGGACAAGCUCGAGCAGCUGUACGACAGAAUUAACUAUUUCUGCGAGUACUUCGAAGUCAGGCUCAAGGUAGAGGGUUUCAUUCGGCUGGUGCACUCCAAGAUGAUGGACAUCAGUCAGACGGCGCUGCAGGCCGAGAGCCGCUACAGAGAAGCCAAGACCAUGUUCAUCUUCGAUCCUAACGAGGGUCUGAUGUGCCUGGAGCAGAAACUGCCCAUGUCCUGGCACGCUUUCAAUCAAACGCCCGAAUUCCACGAGAUACCGGAGAUCAGAGCGAUCUCGGACAUCAGGACGUACUUUGUCACCUCGAACACUACCUUCUGGAGCCUUUAUUAUCAGUACAAGCCAUACUCGGAGCUGUCAAACUGGUUACCGCCAUUCAAAGCGCAAGCCAUGAUUAUCGGCUCCCAGCAUUAUAUUACUUUUGACGGACGUUACUUCGACUUCGCCGGAAAUUGUACCUAUUUAUUGGCGAAGGAUUUCGUGCGCGACACUUUCGCAGUUUUGGUGAAAUAUGAUCAACAAGCGGAGGAAAUCACCCACAAGAUCAUAGUCUUAAUCGGAAGCAACGCUAUCGAGUUGGACCUCUUCAAUGAUACAAUGAAGCUGAUCUCUCAGAAAUCAACGGACAUCACGAGCAACCUGCAGCUGCCGAUCGAGUUGGACAACGACACGUAUGUUUACCAAGUGGAGAACGUGGUGAUGGUCGAGCGCAAGCACAACCAGUUUCGACUGGAGUGUAAUCUCAAGUUCAACCUAUGCACUUUGGAAUUAUCAGGCUGGUAUUACGGGAAGACGGCUGGUCUCCUCGGCACGAUGAGCAACGAGCAGUUUGACGACAUCCUAGGCUCUAACAAGUUGUUCCUAAAAGAUACCGGCAGCUUCGCUCAUAGCUGGUCGAUCGGCGAGAAUUGCGCCGAUUCGACGAAUAACGCCGGUAAGGUUCAACCGCAAGACGACAUGGUGGCCACGUUCUGCGACGAGCUGUUCGUGAACAAGAGCUCGGAGUUCGGCGUCUGUUUCGGCGUGAUCGACCCAGCCGAGUACGCUGAGAUGUGUCUGAACAGUCUCACCGAGGCCGAGGUGUGCACGGUGGCGGUGUCGUACAUGCAGAUGUGUCUGUUCCGCGACACUUAUCUGCGAAUACCCGACCGGUGCACCACGUGCACCAUGAUGGACGGCAGCCAGGUGGCCGAGGGUCGUUUCAAGCGGCUGGAGGGCGACAGGGUGCCGCGGUCGGCCGACGUGGUGUUCAUCGUCGAGGCGAAGAGCUGUAAUCGCGACAUAAAGAUGAACAGUAGCAUGGAGCUGCUAAUCACGCAGCUCAGUAAGGAGUUGAACGACCAAGAUCUCACGGGCAACAGAUGGUCCUUGGUAGUGUUCGGUGGUGAUGGAGUGCACGACAAACCCAGGAGCAUCAUCCUCGAUGGGCAGAUCUUCACGAAGAACGUGGCGCGCUUUAUCGAUUAUUUCGACCACGUGCCGAUCGGCAGUGGCAAUCAGGACAUCUUCGCCGCGAUCGGCUUCGCCUCGCGGCUCGUUUUCAGAGCUGGCGUGUCAAAGUCCUUCAUACUGAUGCCGUGCUCGCAUUGCGAACCGGAAAACCAAACGUUGGAGUACUCCGUGUUGCAUCAAGUACUACUGGAGCACGACAUCACUCUGCACAUAUUGAUGGACGGCGACUUCGAGUUCGAGAAGGAGAAGAUCAGCAAGAUUUUCUACGGCUUAGACGCGGCCAAGUCGUACACGAAGAAAGAUUCCCGCGUUCUGGUCGGCGACGUGGAUCUGAGGAGGCAGGUCAAGCUCGCCAAGACCGUGCUGGGCUACUGCACGCCGCUAUCCUUGGAGACGAACGGCACGAUAUUCAGCGGGGACAAGUUGCGUCUCGAGAAGUCGGCCUCGAUCAAGAAGUUCGCGAGCGUCUUCUCGAAGAGGAUCGCCCUCACAGCCGAGCCGACCAAGUGUCAGUUCUGCGAGUGCACCGCCGAUAAUAACGGCGUCACGCAGAUGGAAUGCAUGCCGUGUAUAUACCCGACGCCUGUGCACGUGGAUUACGUGAGCGAGACUUUUAAUUUCAACGAGUCGCUGUCGAUGAUGCCGCCGUUGGACGACGCAGAUUACGGCCAAAUCGAUAUAGAGGACGACUGAAAUAUAAUUAAGGAAAUGCCGUAGCUAGAUAAUACUAGAUGCUAGAUAAUUCGCUGGUAUUAGCCGUAUUUAUUUAUAAUAAACCUUUUAAUAUAGGUAAUAUACCUACCUCCCUUUCCAAUUCAAGAUUUGUCUUGCAAUAAAUUGGGACAUUGAACCUGA